AUGAGGACGGUCCAAUCUCUGACGUCCCUCUCAACUUUGGCGGUGGGAUCCACCGUCGCCUUUUCUUCCUCUCUGGCUUGGACACAAAGUCAUUCCUCGCUAGUAGUGAGCCUUGCGGUAGUCCCAAGUGCCAACGGCAUUCCCAUACCUCCUCCUGUAGAACCAAUCUUAGAAAACACCAUGAGCACCAGCCUGUCUUCUUCCACUGCAGCGUUUGUAGCCAACACACAGCCUUUCUUGGCAGAUCCCACACAGUUGCUGGGGAAGCAGCAAGUCUCGCUACCUGCUGGCCUUGCUAUGGCGUCGGUACUUGCCGAGGAAGAAACUUUGGUGGCAGAUAAUGCUUUCUUGUGGGUUCCACCCAACAAGAGCCUGAGAAACAAGUUGAAAUUGCCCACCACGGGUAUCACACAGUUGGCUUCUAGCACAGAAUUCCAACGCCCUCGCAUCGUGGGACACCGAGGAUCUCUCUAUGAGGAGCUAGAAAACACGCGUGCUGCCUUUCUAGCAUGUGCUGGGAUCUGUGACGCGGUGGAACUCGAUGUGUUCCUCUUGAAGGAUGGCAACGUUGUGGUCUUUCACGGAAGCGGAGAUGACCGAGAUCCGGGACUCUUGAGGGAAUACUGUACCAAUGUCGAUGAGGUACAACAGGGGGCCACCAGUAUCUUGGACUUGACGCUCGAAGAGGCACAAAAGCUACAAUUCAGCACGAGCAAUGCCGAACUGGCAGCCCCCGCGGCCAAGAUCCAGCAAGGUAAGAUUCCUACACUGGAACAAGUGCUGCUGGAUCUGCAGCCGACAGGUAUGGAGGUCAAGAUUGAACUCAAAGGACCAGGAACAGCUCGACCUGUCCUGGACUUGGUAGAUCGACUGAACAUGGUGCAACAAGUCUCUUAUAGUUCCUUCAAUCUUAACGAGAUUGAGACGGUCCGACAACUGAAACCACAACAAAACUCAAAUGGAAACUAUGUUUAUAGAACCGGUGCACUCUUUGACGAGGUGCCAUUGGAUUAUAUUGAACAGGCCCGGGCUGUGGGUGCCAGUGAAGUUCACCUGAGGUAUGAUACCUGUACUGUCGACCGCAUCAAGCAGAUUCAUGGCGCCGGCAUGGGCAGUAUGGUGUGGAUGCGCGGACCUGUCGGGAUGAAGGCAGAUGCGACGCAAAAGUUCUGGGAUAUUGGCAAUGAAGACGAAUCUUGCUUUUCCGCCUUGGUGGAAACUGGAGUACAGCAAUUGUGUGUGAACCGUCCCAAAGUUCUGUACGACCUUUUGGAAAAGCAACCACAAAAGCAAUCGGAGGUGCAAGAGGAUCCCGUUGUCACUGUCGCUGCCUGGCCCCUGCAAUCUGUCCGACCUGUACUGAAGGUCUGA